GGGUGCCCCCGGGCUGGGCCAGAGCCAGGAAGCCGAGGGCCACUUCAAGGGGGACAGAGGAGGACGGGGGACAGGGAAGGGAAGCAAGACAGAAGACAGGCACGUCAAAGGCACAAAGGAAGCUGAAGAGGCCGUGGGAGCCAGAGACGGGAGCCAUGCCCCACAGCUCCGACAGCAGCGACUCCAGUAGCUUCAGCCAGUCCCCACCUCCAAGCAAGCAGGACUCUUCUGAUGACAUGAGGAAAGUCCAAAGGAGAGAGAAGAAUCGCAUCGCUGCCCAGAAGAGCCGCCUGAGGCAGACUCAGAAGGCAGACACACUGCACCUGGAGAGCGAAGACUUGGAGAGGCAGAACGCUGCGCUGCGCCGGGAGAUCAAGCAGCUGACGGAGGAGAUGAAGCACUUCACCUCCAUGCUGAGCUCCCACGAACCGCUCUGCUCCAUCCUGACGUCCCCUCCGCCCCCUCCAGAAGUGCUUUAUGCCACACACUCCUUCCACCAGCCCCACAUCAGCUCCCCGCGCUUCCAGCACUGAGCCAGCCGGUGGGACAGCAGCCUGCCAGCUCCACCGCCGGCAAGAUGCAACUUCUGUGGGGCUCACUUUUCCAUCCAAGGCAGAGGGAGGGAUGGACGGAUGGACACCUCUUCUUAAGUGACUUGCCUAAGACUCACUCCCGAUGCAGAAAUGGCAGAGCCACCGGGAAGCAUCUUUGGGCAGUUUCCAACUUGGAUCCUGGGAAGAGGAGGCAUUGGCAAAAAGGCACCAACCCCCUUCCCUGGCCCUUGCCUGGGGGCUGUUGCAGGAGCAGCAUGGCAGCCUCUGUGCCAGCAGCUGCCUGUGGCCUGCGACAGCCACGGCUCUGGGAGAGGCACGCGAG